AUAAUUGAAUUUCAAAGUAACAACUCUCUCUUUCUCUAUUAUCGCCUAUCAUUUCUCAGCCUCUAUUCUGAAUUUUGAAUUAAGACUCUCUCUUUCUCUCUCUAAAGUCUGUUUCUCUCUCUCUCCAAAAAAAUGGGUUCGGGCAGCAGUCGAAUGGGUCGGCGCCCAUCACGAGCCCGAGUGAAUCGCAGCAGCAGCAACUUCUUCUCUUCUCUCCUCUGCGGUGGCUCCUCUUCUCGCGAUUCUCUUCAGAUGGAAAAUUAUCCAGAUGAGAUUCGUAUGAGUUCUGCUGAACAUUGUGAUCUGAUCACCAAUGAGAUUUGGAAUCCUGCAGAGGAAUCUUCUUUCCUUUCUGAUACAAGAACAGGGUCCACCAGCUCUGUUGCUGAAACUGGUGCAUCAUCUGGAAGCAAAAGCGCUACCAGUGAGGGAACUUCUGCUGAAGAUGGUUUUAGAAAUACUGAAACAAGUAAUUUGCAGAAAUGCUUGUCUGAGAGUAAGGAGUUAAUUGCUCCAUAUCAGGUAAGUGAUAGUUAUAGUCGCGAUGAAUUUUGUAGGAAUAGAAGUAGUGCUGAAGCUACUACUUCAUUUAAAGAUCAAGAAUCUUCAAAUCCUGUCUCUCUAAAUGUUUCGGCUAACAAAGAUGCAGCCAAUUGCAUUGACAAUUCAGAGAACAAGGGUGUUUCUCAGAUCUCUCCCAACAACAUGCAUCCAAGCAGUUCAUCUUCUCAAGAGCUUGGAGAUUCUCGUGUUGAUGGCACAUCUGUGGAGACACACAUGGAUGAAGCAACAGGCGCGUUUAAUUCUGAUCCUGUGUCUCGUAGGUCUGAUGUUCCGGUAACUCAUCACUCUCUAGGAGAUGAAUCUUUACAAGAAGCUAUACCUUCAGGUUUAGGAUUUCUUGUGGCCAAUAGGGAACAGGGUCAGGGAGAUGAGAGUGUGCUUCAUGUAGAUGUGGUAAGCAUCUCUUCCAGCAUUUCGUCUAGUAGCAAUGCUGAUACAAGUACUCGUGAGGCCAGAAGGAACAGUAGAAGACUGUUUUGGGAUGCAUUUUCAAGACGUAGUUCUAGAAGGCAUCUUGAUUCUCCAACCAUUGUUUUCUCAACGGACAAUAACGAUGAUCUACUAUCUCAUGAAAGAUGGCUCCUAGAUUUCAGUGGUGAUAUGUUUGAUGAUGGGAUAGGCGGUGAUUCUGGCUAUCUGGGCAGUAGAAUCCACAGCUUGAAUGGACGAAGAAGACACUCAAGAUCUGAGAUAUGGGAAAGACUUCGUGGUGGCCUUGAUGAGCACGGUCGAAGAACUACAUUAUGUCCAUCUGGACUCCAUCCCUAUGGUAUAUGUUCAUGCGAAUCAUUCUCAACGACAGAGGAGACUAGUACUCGUGCAAGUAUAUCGCGAAUAGUUAUGCUAGCAGAAGCUCUAUUUGAGGUUUUGGAUGAAAUUCAUCGUCAGCCAGUCUCACUUUCCCUAUCAAUGAUGUCACUUCCUGCCCCGGAAUCCGUUGUUGACGCCUUCCCUAUUAGAAACCACAAAAAAGAGGACAAAGUUGUGGGCAGUGAUGAUGUUGAACAGUGUUACAUUUGUCUGGCCGAGUACGAGGAAGGAGACAAAAUAAGAGUUCUUCCCUGCCACCACGAGUAUCACAUGGCCUGUGUUGAUAAAUGGCUCAAAGAGAUACACGGGGUAUGCCCACUCUGCCGAGGAGAUGUUCGUCAGGGUACCAAUGAUCAUUCUGUCUCUUGCAGCGAGUCAUCUGCCCCUAAUUCAGAAAUCCCUUCUAUUUGAUGUGGAAGUGUAAAUGUUGUAAAUAUUAACCUUUGUUUUACUUCUCCUUUCCCUCAUUUCCCCCUCUUUUGGCUAGGCUCUAGCAAAAAGUUUUUAAAUUUCUUAUGCUGUAGCAUCAUAUCCUGGAGAUAUCAUUAUGUAGAAUUUUAUAGAAAAGCAAUUAAAGAAAGCAAGGUUUUA